GGAGGAAGAGGAAUUGGAGUUGAAUACCCAAAGGAUAAGCAGUUCUCACACCACUCAGCCUCUAGCUACCCCAGUCGUGUCUGUGACCACCCCGAGCUUGCCUCCGCAGGGACUCGUGUACUCAGCCAUGCCGACCGCCUACAACACUGAUUACUCACUGACUAGCCCAGACCUGUCGGCCCUGCAGGGCUUCAACUCCCCAGGCAUGCUGUCUCUGGGACAGGUGUCGGCCUGGCAGCAGCACCAUUUAGGACAAGCCGCCCUCAGCUCUCUGGUUGCUGGAGGGCAGUUAUCUCAGUGUUCGAAUUUAUCCAUUAAUACCAACCAAAACACCAACAUUAAGUCAGAACCAGUUUCACCUCCCCGGGAUCGAAUGACCCCAUCAGGCUUCCAGCAGCAGCAGCCACGGCCGCAGCCGCCGCCGCCACAGCUCCCCCAGCCCCCCCAGCCCCGGCAGGAAAUGGGGCGCUCCCCUGUGGACAGUCUGAGCAGCUCGAGCAGCUCCUAUGGUGGGAGUGACCGGGAGGAUCCAUGGGGCGACUUCCAUUCUCCAAUCGUGCUUGGCCGACCCCCCACCACAGAGGACAGAGAAAGCCCUUCCGUCAAGCGAAUGAGGAUGGAUGCAUGGGUGACCUAAGGCUCCUGGGCUGGU